AUGGUACUUAUCACGCCUUCCAUCGAAUCGGACGGUACCCUCAAUGUCAAGUUUCCAGAGAACUCUGGUUGUGAUGAAUUCAGUGUUCCGUUGAAUCCAUCGGAAGAGACGCUAAAGAGCUGGUCCAUCCUUCCUAAGGUGACUCUAUGGCCAACCCACGAUCCAGUAGACGGUUACAUAUGUGAAUCAAUUAAUGGCCCCAAAGACGGGCCCUCUACGAUCCUGUCCAAGUAUUUCGAGAAACCUGUUCACCUCAUCUAUAAAGGGCCUCAACCACGUCCCAUAGACCCAACAGCCUCAUUUCCUGAUCUGAAAGCGACUGCCAAAUAUCAGGACAUGUAUCCUUUGCUCGUCUUGUCCGAAGAAAGCACGGUGGCCAUUGAAAAGCAGCUUCGCGGCUACGUUGGUACACAAGGAAUAGAUGAACGUUGGAGGACAGAUACAGUGCCGAUCCAAAGAUUCAGACCCAACAUCGUUCUUACUGGAGGAGGGCCGUUUGCAGAAGAUCAUUGGGAACAAAUUCAGAUCGGCUCCGAGGACGCCCCAAUGUUAACACUUGUUUCCAAAUGCACAAGAUGUUUGCUGCCAAACGUCAGCCCCGAGACUGGAGAGCGGGACAAAGCCGUCCCGUAUAAGGUCAUAAUGAAGUUUAGAACAGGACUCGACCCUCAGCAAAAAAUGAAACCCUGUGUAGGAUGCAAUGCUGUCCCUAACGGACUAGGGACAGUCAAAGUAGGGGAUUGGGUUUAUGUCAAGAAGUUGAUAUAG